GCUGCGAAGGGAGGCCAUUUGCCAGUUCUCGAAUGGCUGAGUGCGAACCGCUCGGAAACUUGCACGACGAAGGCAAUGGAUGAAGCAGGGAGAUCUGGACAUCUAGAAGUUAUCAAAUGGCUCCAUAUGAAUCGAUCGGAGGGAUGCACGACGGCAGCAAUGAAUAGCGCAGCAGCUAGAGGGGACCUGGAGAUAGUGCAAUGGCUCCACGGUAAUCGACACGAAGGAUGCACUACAGGUGCAUUGGAGUGGGCGGCCUACCACGGCGAGUUUAAAGUCGUGAAGUGGCUACACGAAAAUCGAUCUCAAGGUUGCACGACGAAGGCGAUUGGAAACGCUUUCGGACACCUUCGAGUCGUGCAAUGGCUGCACGAAAACAGAAGCGAAGGAUGUACGACAGAGGCAAUGGAUUGCGCUGCUGCGAUUGGCCCUCUCGAGGUGGUGAAGUGGCUUCACUCCAAUCGAAGCGAAGGAUUCACGACAAAGGCAAUGGAUGGAUCAGCAUCUCACGGUCACUUGGAAGUUGUGCAAUGGCUCCAUACGAACACAAGUACCUGCUGCACGACAGCAGCGAUGGACGGAGCAGCCAAGCAUGGCAGCUUGAAGACGCUGAAAUGGCUUUAUUCCAACAGAAGCGAGGGGUGCACCGUAAAGGCGAUUGAGAAUGUCAUCAAUCGCACUCACCUUGGGGCUGCCAUUUGGCUGGCUGCGACGUAUCCCAACUUUGCUCCAGUGAAGUUCACUUGUGGGGAGUAA